AUGGUAGGACUUAAUAUUCCGAAGGACUUGGCCAGUGAGGAAGCUAAUGAAUAUCUGAAGAAUGCAUGCUUGAAGUAUGACAACAAAUGCGCUCGCCCUCAAACCACUGCUCUGUGCAACGUCAGAGAUUUGCCGAACAACUCAAGCAAUACACCGAGAACAGGCUUAGGCAUUAUUCUUCAAUACAAUGAUAUAUAUCAAGGAUUAAGUAAUGGAGAGCACCUUGAAGGCGUGUCUGUGUCUUUGGCUGGCCAAAUUAUGAACAAAGACUCUUCGGAUGCAAAGCUUGUCUUUUAUGACCUCAAGGGUGGCGUCAAGGUUAUCGCUGAUGCAUGGAUAUCCGACUUGGAUGAGGUUGAAUUUUGCAAAUUCCAUUCUACUGUGGAACGAGGUGACACUGUUGGUGUCAUUGGAUUUCCAGGGAAAAGUGAGGAAGGAGAUCUUAGUAUUUUCCCGAAGACCUUUACAGUUCUGUCUCAUUGUCUGCACUUGAUGCCCGAUCAAAAGUCUACUGCUGCUGCUGCUGCCAAUAAUGCAAAUUUGAUGAGAAAUCCGUGGGUACCAGGAAUCCUGAAACAUACAUUUUAAAGGAUCAGGAAACAAGACAUCGUUUACGCCCCUUGGAUUUGAUAUUGAAUUCAGAUAUUCGAGAAAUAUUCCACACUAGAAAUAGAAUCAUUUCUUACAUCCAGAGGCACCUUGAUGACCUUGAUUUUAUGGAGGUU